UUAAUGUUUUUUGAUUUUAAGGUUGAAAAUGCUGGGAAAGAAACUUUGCAAAAAAGCAAAAUAAGAAACAAUAACAGUAAAAUUGAGCUAACAAAACACAACAACAGUUAGCACUUAGCAGCAGCAGCAGCAGCAAAAACAACCACCAGCGAUUGCUGCUUCUUUUCUGCUUUGAUUGAUUCCCAUCUAUCUCUCUCCCUCCCUCUUUUACAUGGAUACAUACACGAAGAGAACACAAGAAAGACCAAAUUGUGUGUAACUUUAUCUUGGCGAAGAUUGGACACUUAAGGAUGGAUUAUCUCAUUCAUAGAUCACUUGUUCUGUCCUGAGAUUACUCUGCCGCCUUUCUGUCCGCUCCAUCUCAUCGAAUUCUGCCUGUUGUCUUUCACUAUUGCUGCUUCUGCUUUGGAGGACCUGUCGACUAGCAUUGGGUUCAAAAAGUCCUGCAAAAGGAGGCCGUGUUGCCUUAUAAGUUAUGAUUAAACAGAUACUCAAUAGGCUCCCAAAGAAGUCGUCUAAGUCAGCCGAUAGUCGUGAUGGAAGUGGAACAUCUACCUCCUCAUCAAAUGCUUCUACAAGCUCAAGAAACAGUGAUCUAGUCAGUAACCGAUAUGGAAGCUUGAGUGCUGCAUCUCUGCCAGAUUUUAAUUCAGGUCCAAAUUUAGGAUCAGGUUAUGGCAAUAAGCUUUCACAAGCUGUGAAUUCAAAGCUGAAUGGGAACCAACCCAUUCCUUAUGAGGCCUUGCCUAGUUUCAGAGAUGUUCCCAAUUCUGAGAAGCCGAACUUGUUUAUCAGAAAGCUAAACUUAUGUUGCAUUGUGUUCGACUUCAAUAACCCUACAAAGAACCUUAAAGAAAAAGAUAUCAAGCGACAAACUUUGACAGAGCUUGUGGAUUAUGUUUCUUCAGCCAAUGGGAGGUUCUCAGAAACUGUAAUGCAAGAGAUUGUUAAGAUGUUGUCUGUAAAUUUGUUUAGAACACUCACUUCUCCUCCUCGUGAGAAUAAAGUUUUAGAAGCUUUUGAUUUGGAGGAAGACGAACCUUUGAUGGACCCUGCAUGGCCUCAUUUACAAGUUGUUUAUGAAUUUCUUUUGAGGUUUGUGGCGUCGACUGAAACUGAUGCAAAGUUAGCGAAGAGGUACGUUGAUCACUCAUUUGUUCUCAGGUUGUUAGAUCUUUUUGAUUCAGAGGAUCCCAGAGAGAGGGAGUAUCUGAAAACAGUUUUGCAUCGUAUAUAUGGGAAAUUCAUGGUGCAUCGGCCAUUCAUCAGGAAAGCAAUUAAUAACAUCUUCUAUCGCUUUAUUUUUGAAACUGAGAAGCAUAAUGGGAUUGCAGAGCUAUUAGAGAUUCUGGGAAGUAUAAUCAAUGGGUUUGCUCUGCCUCUGAAAGAAGAGCACAAGCUUUUCCUUGUUCGAGCUCUCAUUCCACUUCACAAACCAAAAUGCUUGCCAAUGUAUCACCAGCAAUUAUCAUACUGCAUUACUCAAUUUGUGGAGAAAGACUGCAAGCUUGCUGAUACUGUUAUACGGGGGAUGCUGAAGUAUUGGCCAAUCACAAAUAGUUCGAAAGAGGUUAUGUUCUUAAAUGAGUUGGAGGAAGUUUUAGAAGCAACACAACCAGCAGAUUUCCAGCGCUGUAUGGUGCCCUUGUUCUGCCAUAUUCGCUGUUGCUUGUGUAGUUUGCAUUUUCAGGUGGCAGAGAGGGCUCUGUUCUUGUGGAACAAUGAUCACAUUGAGAACCUAAUCAAACAGAAUCGCAGAGUCAUACUGCCAAUCAUCUUCCCGGCAUUGGAGAGAAAUGCAAGACAGCACUGGAAUCAAGCAGUACAAAGCUUGACACUGAAUGUUCGCAAGAUCUUUUCUGAUAUCGACCCAGAACUCUUUGAGGAGUGUUUACUCAAGUUUCAGAAAGAGGAAUCACGAGAGAAUGAGAUUAAGUCGAAACGUGAAGCUACAUGGAAACGCUUGGAGGAGAUUGCUGCAAUGAAAGCUGCAAGUAAUGAGCCAGUGCUCAUCCCCAAAAUCACGAGGCGGACACCAUCUGGGUAGAGAGUUGGACUCAUGCUAGUGAUUUUGAAACUUCAACUUGGGAAUUGGCAUGCAAACCAUUAACCAUAGCUGGAGAUGUUGUUUUAAGAAAGUGGGAUAUAUAGCUGGUUAUAGAUUCCCUUGCUCACUGGCUUCUUUAAAGUUUCUGGUCUGCUAAGAUGAUUAAGACACAAGUUCAAGGUGCCGUGGUUGCAUGCAAAAUACCUGCAUUUUGUUUAUACUUGUGAAUUGCGUCUAAGAGGUUGGGUGGACAAGACAAAUGUGUGGUGCAGAGCAAUCUGAAGGGCACUUUCUGUGAGCAAAGUUGGCCAGUUUGAUGGUCGACUACGUUUUCAAAUGGGUUAUGAAAAAGGCUCGAACUCCAACUCUAUGUACAUGUAAAAUUAUUAAUUUUGGUUUUAAUGGUGAGUGUGCUAUCAUCAAACCCUUCUUCCCCCUCCCCCCCUUCUUUUCUUAUUUUAAAUUGUAACCAAAACGUUGAUUUCAUAAAAAGGGCUGAAGUUGAAGA